AUGCCCGCUGGCCCUCCGCCCUACAGAGACCUCUGCACGUACGUCCGUCUCGACUUCAAAAAUCGCAACCUGGAAAUUCCCUUCGCGCGACCAUACAGCCUGAAUAAAGCGCCCUCUAUCUACCAUGAAGAGAUGAAAUAUCAGAUUGAAAAGACUCGCCCGGCGCUUGGCCCUGACCAGACCUUAAUUUCGAUCGGCAAAGACGACGCGGCAAAGUAUGGUACGGUUGACGGCCAGUCCGAGGAGUUGAAGGGCUUGUACCUCCACCCCUACCUGAGAGGGACUCCAACCUACAGCGCCGACAUUCGAGGUAAAAGUGACGACUCUGACUUUUUCAAAAGCAAUGAUGCGCAGACCCAGAAAUGCAAGAAGAUGAUGGAGUCGUGGCUGGCUGCUGGUGACAAGGUACCAGCAACGAAGGAACAAGAAGCAAAUAUCCAGAAAAUGAAAGACUUUGCGAGCAAGAACGGCUUGACGAGAACUCACGACCAUGCCCGAUUAGAUUUUGCGGACAUCAAAGGCGACCCCGCCAAAAAGAGCGAAUUCGAGCAUAUCAUCGACGCGAUCAGGGACAAUAUAAGCUUCGAUCUUCACGUACAGCCCUUGAUGUAG